CCUCUAUAUUUUCAGCUAAUCCAAAAGUAAAUGAGGAACUUAGAAAAAGAUUGCCAACUUCAAAUCAACACAGUUACACAGAAUUGAAGAAGAAGCAUACAGCUUCAUUUGAGGGAUUCUUGUAAGGGACUUGGUGUUCUGCAAUAUGAGCUCUGAAACAUUCAAGCAGAAGCUGGACUCUGUGCCAGAUCAAACAAGUUCAGAAGAACAAAUGGAGAACUGGUCAAAAGAAACAUGCAUCUCGGAUCAGAAAAAAGAAGACUUUUGUGCUGAGCUUCAUUUUUGUAAGAAUUCUCAAAAACUCACUGAAUAUUUUAUCCAGGCAGAAACUGAAGCACCGAAACUUUCAGAUUUGCUAGUAACCAGUCAAAGAGGAGGAGUCCUAAGUGAUUGUAAUUCUGGUUCUAAAGAAUCAAGCACUGUAGAAAGAGAGGCUUGCAGGACACUCCCUGAAUUUAUAUCCUCAUGGAAAUAUGCUGAAGAUUUAGGUGGAAAAACAGAAACUUCAUUCCUUUUAAAAGAAUUGGACACUCUGAGGGCCAAAAAUAAAAAGCUUCAAGAUAAGCUGGCUGAAAAGGACAAGGAGCUGAAGACAAUGAAACUGGACUUAGAAUUGCAAGACAGAGCUACAGAAGCUAAGAUUGCAGAAAAGAUUGCAGCUCUGGUGGAAGAAGUUUAUUCUGCACAACGGGAACGUGAUGAAGCUGUCAUGGCAAGGCUCAGGUUAGCCAAUGAAGAGAGAGAUGAAGCAUUUCUGCGAGUCCAGCGUUUAGAAGAGUCUCUCAAAGAGCUAGAAAAUAUUAACCCUGAAGAAAAUGACAUGACAUUACAGGAAUUACUGAACAGAAUAAACAAUGCAGACACAGGGAUAGAUAUACUGAAGAAUGGAGCUAUAAUUCUGAACCGAAUACACAGAACCAAAGAACGUAAAAAGAAAAUAAUUGCUGAGGAAAUGAAUGCAGUAAUAGAGCAACGGGAUGCUGCUUUAUCUCAAUGCAAACGGCUGGAGCAGGAGCUUCAUCAUCUGAAAGAGCAGAACCAGACUUCAGCAAACAACACGAGACAUAUGACUGCUGAAAACAAUCAAGAACGUGCUCUGAAGGCAGAAUUGAUAGCUUUGCGACAAGAAAAAGAAGCUGCUCUUCAACAGUGCAAAAAGCUGGAAGAAGAAAUCCAGACACUGCGUGUUUAUUACAGCUUAUACAAGUCUUUGUCUGAAGGAAUGAGUCUGAAGAACCAGCCUAACUGUGCUUUCAGUACUUCUGAAGGCAGGCUGCAGGGAGCAGAGGAUGUUGUGACCCUGACUUAUGGCCAGAUUGAAGACCUGGCAGYUCAGCUGCAGCAAACUCGGUCAGAGCAAAAGGACACCGAGUUGAAGCUCCAGAAAGCCCUGGAAGCUUCGCGGGAGGCCAAUGAAAAAGUUCAAAAGUUGGAAAGGCUGGUGGACGUCCUGAGGAAGAAGGUUGGAGCAGGGACCAUUAGGACCRUGAUCUGAUUGAAAGCUGUAGUCUAAGGAAGCUUUCACAUCUGGUGACCAGGCUGCUUCAUUCAGCACUGUGUAAACACUGAAGCCUUAACUUAGCAAACAGUUGUUAGAAGUGGGACACUCCAGCGACAUUCCAAGCCGAGAUAAAAUCAAAUCAUAAAUGUUUAACUACUUUGCUGCUGAGUUCUCUGAUUUGUUGAAAUGUUUCACUGCAAACAUGUAUUUGUUUUUAAGCAGAUGCAUUGUGGCAUUGUGUAUUGUGAAAAAUUAUGUUGAUGCUUAUUUUAACAGUCUGUUCUCUCAGUGCUAGUAGUCUGUAGUCUGCUGCAAGGCACAGCUUGAUCAUUUUUCUAAAUACUGCAGGCUUCAAGUUGAAAAUGCUGCAAAACAGUUUCAGAAUUUAAAUCCCUUACUUCAUUUGUGAGACUGCAAAUAGCCCAGUAUUUACAUGUUAAAUAUAUUAAUUGAUAAAGUAGGUUGGCAUUCAAGAAAUAUCUCUAGAUGGAAUAUUGGGUAUUUUUUCCUCCUUACUCUCAGCCUAUUGAAUUGCAGCUAGUAACUGUGGCUACAUCAAAGGGCAGGAUAAAUGUAUAGCUUUAUAUAACAGUUGAAUAGCUAGUUGAAAUGCUAGUGCAUGGCAUUUUCRGUGUACAUUAAAAAGAAAUUUACAGUUAGGUUACACUGGAAAUACAGUUUAAUAAAUUGCAACAUGAAAGCCUUGUGACAUUGUACAGUAUGUCAGACAGUGCAGAAAGUUUCCUGUGUUGUUUUUAAUCAGKCCUUUGUCCUUUUCUAUGAGGGAAAACCUCUUACAUAUUCAGAAAGUAUCUUGUAAAUUAAAAAUUCACCUUUUCUGUAUUUGCCUUUACUCAUGCCUUUCCUACAGGACUUUUUGCCUGCUUCUUCCAGACCUCUGAUUGCUCUGCAGUGCAGGAGUGACAUCCAGGUUAGUUUUAAGGCCAAACUGCCAAUCCUCUCCUAUUUUUACUCACGAAGCACCCUAAGACUUAACUCAAAGGCUGAAGCAUGGAAUCCUACAGGAAGGGGAGAAACUGAGGGCAGAGGAGGAAAAUGUGGGGUACACAGACAUUAUAGACCUUACAGAUACAGGAGACUUGAACUUAGAGUUGCGUUUGUGACCCAGCCAUCUCCCUGUGUGAGUAGUCAGGUCAGCACUCAUAUAAACCUGCUCAAGAAGGCAGAUGUAAUCUCUGAGCACCCCAAAUUCAGURAAGAAUCUCGGGAGCCAGCUGGGCUUUAGUCUGUUCUCAGGACCAACCAAUGCAGCCAAGGUGGAUGUAACUCCUAAGGCUUCCACUUGCCUUAUUUGCUUUGUGUUUAAUGUUUUUACAUGGUUGUCCCUCUUAACGCUUGCUUGUACAGAUGUUGGAAUAGUGCAGUCUGUCUGGAGAAAAUGAAAUUUUAAUUUUGAGUGCAGAGAGACAUUUUAAUUUCUGGUUUUUUUCUUUCAAACACUUACAUGUUAAACUUCCCUCAUCUGCAGACCUUAGCCCCUCCUAGUUUCAGUUGACCAAACCUAACCUCUUGUAGGGAGAUAAGUAGCAUCCCUCCCAGCCCCAUUUACCCAAGUCACUUCUAGAAACUUCUGAAGUGCCCCUUUUUGACCUUUGGUCAAUCCUAAGAUAGCCAGUGAGUCUGGAGCCUCUCCCCCACAUCUCUUCAGUGGGAAGAAAUUUUAGUGCUUUCAAACCAGAGGAUUGUCACCCCCCAGGUUCCAGCCCCUUCACCAUCUCCCAUGUGCUGCUCGUUGUCCUGSUGUCCUCACUGAGCUUUGUGCACUAAGUGCAUGACAUGAUCUCCUGAGCUGCCAGCGCUGUUGAACCAUUUCUGCUCUAAGGAAGUAGUGAGGAAGGAAUAAAGACAAAAAUGGCAGGACUACCAUACUAUGUUAGACCAACGCCCAAAAUUCAGCAAUAACAAAUAGAAGAUGYUUAGGAAAGGGCAUAAAAUCAGGCCAGCAUUAGUGACCACUAUCCCAUCUGGUGUCCCAGCAAUUUCUAGCUAGAGGUGGUAUCUGUUUUAGCAGCAUUUUUUCAUGACCUGUUUUUUAAUCCAUUUAAAUUUUUAGUAUCUACUCGUUCCUGUCACAAGGUCUUAUGCAGUUAAUGAUGCAUUGAGUGAAGAAAUACUUCCUCUUCCGUUAUGAACCAGCUCUAUUCAUUUGCUAUCACCUAGUUUUUGUAUGAGAGAAACGGUGAGGAACCAUUCCCUAUUCAUACUGUUUCUAUGUCCCUUGUGAUUUUACAUAUUUGGCAUCAUUUCCCUCUGGUUUUCUUUUCCAGAGAGAAUCCCCAGUCUCUAAAUUUUAAAGUUGUGUCACGUUUUUAAUUGGCCUUGUCAUACUAAUCUAGGUUUUUUUCAGCUCUGCAGUGCUUUUACUGAGAUGCAACCAGAUUUGUGCCUAGUGUUCAAAAUACAGACAAAAUGUGACUUUAAUGGUUGUCGUAAUGAUGUUUGUUUUAUUCUCUAUGCUAUUUGUAAUCACUUCUAGCACUGGACUUUCUUUAUGAUAGAUUAUUUAUUGAUAUUCAUAUUUCUAYAGUUAAAAAACAACAGCUAUAGAUCUGCUUCCUCAGUUGUAAUUGUCAGCUUGGAGCUGAUCAUAGAUUGUAUGAAGAGAGAGCUGUUUCCUGAAUAGCUUAGCAUUUAUGGGUGCUGAAUAUCACCUGUUGUUUUAGCAUUGCCUCGUGACCAUGAGCUCUUGUCCCAUCUCUUCUCACAGCUCUUCUUUAAUACUCAGAGUAGCAAAGUAUCAUCAGCAUCUCCAUGCUGAAUGUGCUGAUAUGAAACACUGCCAUUUCCAAAUUAACCCCCUCUUCAAGGUGAUUUCAUAAUUAUAUACAUUAAACAUGGCCUCUGGGACAAAGAUCCCUGUAGGACAUUAUGGCAGCUUUUCCUUCACUGUGAAAAUGAAAUAUUUAUUCUCACACAUUGUUUUAAUUUAACUUUGAACUCCUUAUUUUUCAAUGUAAAGAUCUCUCUCAUUGCUUGGCAGCUUUGAUGAGGAAGUUGUUUGCUGCUUUGAUAAUGCAACUUUACUAAACCAGAGCUUGUUCUCCAUGCAUGAAUGUGCUAAGUUCCUCCUUUUCCUUGGAGUGUCAAGAGCUCCUCACCUUUCCCCACGCAUUUUUGCAUCCAAGUGAAUAAUCUUGUGAAUGCAGACUUUACACAGCCGGACUGUUUGACCUCCAGCCUCUUGUGUCCAUUGGCUUUGUUUGGGAAGGCAGGAUGGGCCAUGCAAAAGCUAUCGAGCAGGCUUGAUGUCAGAUACAUCUGGUUGCAGAUAAUACUUGAUUCGGUAAAAUUAAGUGAGAGAUUUGCUUCAUAAUUUUCCUUUUGACACGUUGUACUUAAGGUGAAAAAGUAGUUCCUGACUCUGUCUUUUGUCUUGCACCAAGCAGCCUGGAAUUCAGUGAUAAUUUAAGUUAGGGUGUUUUGUCAUAAAUGACAAAUGUAGCCACAUAUAUUUGAAUCAUAAUUAAAUCAGAUGUGUUGAUUUUUAAAAUGCAGCUGGAAAUGUUUUUCUUCUUUAGAAAGGACCUUUAGAAAUGCACUGUGUUGAGAGUAGAAAGAUUCAAAACCAGUUGGGUUCUCUCUCAUCCUUGCCAACAACCUGGUGUGUGGUCUUGGCAAAUUCCUUAGUGACUGUCAUUAAAGGUAUGCAGGCCCUGAAGAGGUUCCUGGGCUCCUCCAGGAAGUUUGCCAAAGUAUCUGUGUGGCCAAUGUCAAAGGACUUUCACUUUUUCACCUGCUGAAGUGAGCAGCAAAAGUCACACAGGUCUGGUAAUGGAAACUUUUAAUGCUCUCAGCUGAAUUUCUGGUCCUGUUGAGCCCAAUCUAACCUUUGCCUUUCAGUGUAAUGAGGGCAGGAAUUCUGCUCUGGUGAGUAGAAAUAAGUGCUAAUGCUAAUAUGGGUUAAUAAUGGGCUUAUCAUAUGGUUUAUUCACUGAGAACUGAUUGAUAUCUGUCAGAGCUCUGAAAGUGAAAAGAAGCCUGCUCCCAUGUAGCAGACAAAUGCAAUUGUCACUUCUGUCCUCAUAAUUGUGAGAAAGAUGAGAUYGCAUCUGAUUGUGUACCAGGAACAGCGAUUCAUUUCCCUCCCGACGGAAAAACACUUCAUGGUGAAAGUGGCUUGCCAUAAUUACUGGUCACAUUAGGGUCCCUGCUGUCUUGAAUAGAACAGAGAUACUCAGAAAUGUCCUUCCCUAUGAGAUUUUGUGGCUUUCUCUUGAUGAUUCAGCAGCACGUCAUGCAUUGGGAGCCAUUUCUGGUAUAUGCCAGGGUAAAAUAUGUAAAUAGCAUCAUGUUGGCUCGGGAUAAGAGCAUUAUUAAUGCUUUUCAGCACUGUAAUUAUAUUCCUAGUAAGCCUUCCCUAAGCCCUCGCUAAUUAACAAUAUUGUGACAAAUCAACUUUAACAGAAAAKAACUGUGGACCUUUAGUCUUCUAGUACUAUUUUUCAUGCAGCCCACAGCUGAAAACUGGCGGCAUGACUUUCUGUGCUAGUGUUGGGAAAGCUGCUGAUAUUUGAAAAGUUCAAAGCCAGCUCAGUCUUGUUAGUGGAGUCCCAUAGCUGAAGACUGAUUCCUCUUUAAAUAUAUUCACAACAAAUUAAGAUCCAUUGGUUAAUCAUUAAUGUAAAGGAAUAUUAGAACUGUUUUUAUAAAUAAGCCAUCAUAUUGAAAUGGUUUAGUGGUCAGUAUGUUGUCAUGUGCACAUUUAUUUAUUUCUUUAUUCCAAAUCACCAGCUGUUUUACUAGAUUGACUUUAUCUAUUCUUACCAGGUGGUCAAGAGUUGUAACAUCUUUAAUCCAUAUACACAAUGAACUUACUAUUAAAUGUCAGGAUUUUUCUGUGCCUUUAUUUCCUUCAAUUAGAAUAAGGCUGUUGGUUUUGUUGGGUUUUCUUCUUAUCUUCUACCCCUGAAGAUUUUCCUCCAYGCAAGAAUAAACUGUGAAGCACAUGAAAUCACUGACCGGCGAUCCCAGCAUUGCAUGUGCUGACUCUUAUCGCUGCACCGUUUCACAUCAGGUCUGCAGAACUGGACUUUCUCUGUUUGUUCUUCUCAUGCAUUGGUAAAUAAAAUGUAUUCACAAGUUCAAAAAGACAAAGUAGUGUUCUCGUAUUAGGUCGAUUAUAAGUCAGCUGUUGGGCUUCAGUGUUCUAAACAUUUCAUUCUUCAGUUUUSUUGGGAGCCCACGUGUUCUGGGAGGCUUUUAAACAAAUACUUGAAAUGGUUGAAAGAUUUACAUUGCCAGUGCCUAGCUAAAUAUGUAGUCUUUAGAAAAGACAUGGUUUAUUUUGGCACCAUUUGACAAACUCAAAUAUUUUAAACAUUUGUUAAGUUCUAGCUUGCACAUUUGAACUAAAAGUUUGCAUUCCAAAAUUGCAUCUCAGGUUACCUGUCUCUCUCUCUUUUGUAUUUUAUAAUCCCUUUAUUAAAAUAGUCUGCAAAAGGAGCUGGGUUUGGAGUGUGGGUUUUUUUAUUGUUAAUUGUAAAGUAUUGUCAUUAACAAUCAAUUUUAAGGUAGCAUGUACCUGGUAACUCUGUUCAACUAAAUGUCAGAAAUACAAAGCCAGAAGUG